GCAUGAGUUUAUGUCGCGUUGUGUUAGUGCUGAUUUGUGUUGCUGGGACUGUGUCACACAGGGAGUGACCGCGAGAGGGAGGGACUUAGGCAGCAGGACAAUGCUCGUGUUUGUGCAACGGCCCCUGAGUGGCGGCUGGCUCUCUCAGAUCGCUUUCGCUUGACUACCAUUGCUGCACACAUUGUUGAAGUGAAAGGAAAGUGGACAACUUGAUCCUGUCUGUGGGAUGCACCGACAGAGACACUGGGAGGGAGACUGGGUUUUGGUGUGAGGUACAGUAAAGCAGAAAGCCUGGCCAGAAGACACAACAUUGGUGGUUUUGGCCACGAUAGAAAAAAGGGUGUUCACCUCUUCUGUACCACAGAGAAGAAUCAGAGGGCAGUCUGCUGUAGCCACAUUGAAAGCAGUGAGCUGCAUUUACGGCACAGGCUGGCAGGUAAAGAGCUGAGCUGGUUCGGACAACUUGGCUGUGUGUCUGUGUGACGUGCCGAAGUGUGAGAGGGAAGAGGAAAAGGAAGAGGAGGAGAGGGGGAGGUUGUGGAGAAGGAGGAGGACGAGGAGGAGGAGGAGGACAGGAGUAGUGGGCUUGGAGCCCAAACACAAGCAGGAUGGCGGAGAAGAAAGUUAGCCUCCCUGCUAAGCUGAUUAAUGGGGGAGUGGCAGGCCUGGUUGGUGUGACAUGUGUAUUUCCUAUUGACCUGGCCAAGACCCGCCUACAGAACCAGCAGGGCGUUCAAGUCUACAAGGGAAUGCUGGACUGUCUGGGGAAGACAAUUCGCUCUGAGGGCUAUUUUGGAUGCUACAGAGGUGCAGCAGUGAACCUCACUCUUGUCACACCAGAAAAAGCCAUCAAGCUGGCUGCCAAUGACGUCUUCAGACAGAAGCUCUCAAAGGAUGGGCAUUUGCCCCUCUGGGGGGAGGUACUGGCAGGGUGUGGGGCUGGGACCUGUCAGGUGGUGGUUACCACUCCCAUGGAGAUGCUUAAGAUCCAGCUGCAGGACGCGGGAAGGCUUGCUGCCCAGAGGCCUGUUCCAACUCCAGCUCAGGCUACUGCUGCUGCUCCUGGUCCAGCUCCAUCAUUGGUGGCGCCCCCACCUGCGCGACCCAGUCCUCCACCUCGGCCCUCAGCCACAGGCAUUACUGCAGAGCUGUUGAAGACUCGUGGACUGGCAGGCCUUUACAGGGGUGCAGGAGCCACCUUAAUGAGGGAUGUCCCCUUCUCAAUGAUCUACUUUCCGCUGUUUGCCAACCUGAAUGCACUAGGCCAGGAAAGAGUGGGUAACGUGCAGGGCCGGGCCCCUUUAUGGCAGUCUUUUGUGGCAGGCUGCACCGCAGGCUCAGUAGCAGCUGUGGCUGUAACACCGCUGGAUGUCAUAAAGACUCGUCUGCAGACCUUGCAAAAAGGUGAAGGGGAGGACACAUACAGAGGAAUUAUUGAUUGCACACGGCGCAUCAUGAGGCGGGAAGGCCCAGCAGCAUUCCUGAAGGGUGCGACAUGUCGUGCUUUGGUCAUCGCUCCUCUUUUUGGCAUUGCACAGGGUGUCUACUUUCUUGGGAUAGGGGAGGCAGUGAUUGGUUUGCUGGAAUAGGAGUGCUUGGCAUUGGUGGCGGUGGUUGUGUUGUCUCUGUACAGAUGAUGUGCUGCUUUAAUCUGCAGUGAAUGACAACUCGGUGAAUGGUGAAGACAGAGAGAGGGAAAUGCGGCCACUAACCAAAGGAAGAGGAAUGGCCUGAGAUAUGAAGAGGUUCUAUUUACUAAUAUGUGGACCGAUGGGUUCCACACUAAUCAUGUUUCUCUAAGUUUUUUUACAUGCUGUCAGCAGGGUUCCGUAGGUUAAACAGGGUCCUGUGUGACUAAUCUGAGGGUAUGUUUUCCAAAUUGUCUGGGUCCACUCCCCUUGUGCUUGCUGCAAUAAGUCUCAGGUUGCUCUUUUCACCUGGGUGAGAUUAUUCUGUGUGGUUGGUAAGAGAGAGCCGCUGCAUGUUGUUGAGACUGCUAACAAAAAUGCCUACCGACCAAGAACUGUGCAUCAUCUUACGUAAGUGACAAAUUCACCUCUUUCAAUCUUUAUCAAAAGCUAAUAUUUCAGAACAGUUGAUGUCAGAAGCCGAACUGAGUAUUUGGUUCAAUCAUUAAGAUGUCUAACGCAUUUCCCUGGAAUAGGAGCCAGAUCUCCUUCUGCCUAACCUGUUAUGCAUUCCUCCCACUCCAUCCGUGAGGUCUGAGGUGUUAUCUUGGACUACACUGGGAGGUGCUGCCUGCCAGUGUCUCUAAGGUCAUUUGUUAAUCUGAUGGUAAUGCUUUAAUCCCUGUAUUAGCGUACAAUAUACCCUAACACACACAACUCAUUUCCGGCCUAAAGGCCACAGGUUAGACUACUGGGCCACUGUCUCGUAGCCUUGGCAUCCUCUUCUCGACAGCUUGGAAGGGUUUAAAUAAAACCUGUGAGAAGCCUCGGGCUGUUUUUACUGAUUCGUUACACAUAAAAACAUGUUGCUUCAACUGAUGUGCGCACAAUAACUGUAAAAAAAAAUGCAAUUAAAGCCUUAUCAAUGCUGAUAGUUUCUAAAGCAUCAAAGUCUUAAAUGAAUUCAGUGGAACUGGUGGUGUUGAAACACUGAUUUGGUACUUGAGUCCAACUUAGCGACGACAAUGCUAUUUGUUAGAUCCAUGGAGGGAGUAUGGCACCUUGUCAUGCCAACUGAUUGCCAUUACUGAAGUCCACUGGGUGGAACUAAAUUUUUUGUUUGUUUUUUACAUUUUUAAUGCAAGACAUUUUGAUGUGGCUAAGUCAUCUAGGUUACUACAUUUCCCUCACUGUAGAGUGACCAUACCUGAGUGAAAUGUUUGUUUACAAGUUGUAAAUAAAGAUCUCCCAUACAUACCGA